AUUAUUUGUGUUUUAAAACCCGGAGCUCCAUGUUUGGCUUAUUGUUUCUCUCUCUAUUGCCAUGAAAUAGUUGCAGAGGUUUUUCGAGUUCAAGUACCAGCUUCACGCGCUAGUCUCCCAUGUUCGAGACCUUGCAAUGAAACUCCUUCAGGACGAGAACUCCUUGUUAGAACACAAGCAAAAGGAGUUAAAGGGGAGUAUAAAUAACCUUCUUGAAUCAAGAGAGACAUUAUGAGCCAAUACGAGGUCAGUUUUUGAAUCUACAUGUGCAUUGAAACAUUCCAUUGAGAUGAGAGACCGAAAGAUAGCAGUUCUCUGCGAGAAGAUUCACCACCAAUAUUUACUAUUUGACUCUAUUAAAAAAGAAACUGUUUGUAUCAAGCAAGUUGUUGACAGAAAGCAUUGGCUUGUGAGCGAAAAAGAACAAUCAGCUAUAUUGAAAAGGAAGGUGGAUGACAUUUGUUAUUCGAAAAAGACUUUAAAGUUUCUGGUUUGCCACUCAGAAGUAUCAGUUUACGGUCAGAUGUUUUAUCUUGACCAAGAUUACCUUCAGAAGGACAUAUCUGUAAAGGAAGAAACUAUCCAAAGUUUGGUUACUGAGAAACAGGCCUUGCUUUUGGAGAUACAGAACUUGGGAUUGAUCUUGCAAAAGAUUCAGGAGACCGCUUCGGCCAAAUUUACAGUAGAUCAGGGAGUACUUCUUUCAGCACUACAAGUUAAAGUUAUAGACCAUGAAAUAAACUCAAAGCAGCCUGAUAGGUCACGUAUCAGGUUAGACGAAAAGAUUCAAGAGGAUGAUGCAAGUUUGGUAUACAAGCAUCUUGAACGAGGGCGAGUGUGUUUCUUUUGUGCAAGAGCUUGACACUGAGAGUUCUAUGACCAAAACAGAAACUUGAAGUGAGAGAUUAGUUACUUCUCAAGUUGGGAUUUGCAAUUUCUAUCAACUGCGAAUCGAUGCUUGGAGUUAAAGUGGACUUUCUUUCUAAGGGUUGUGUUCCAGUCUAUUAUGUAUACUUUGUAUAUAAUUCCCAUUAAAAUUGCAACAAGUUCAAUGAGAAACAGCAAAACACACCAUGCCAUGCAGGAAUAGUUGUGCCUCGGGCUACAUGUAACCUGCAAUGUCUUUGUUGUUAGCUCAAGAAUUGUUGGUAACUUGAUUUCGAUCUUAAAAUGCUAGUUCGGUCGUAAAUUGUUUCACUUUUUAUGACAUAUUUGAGA